AGUUUUACGAGCGAAUUAAAUACAAUUUUUUUCCUACAACUGCAGUAUGGAACUACAAAACAUGAAUAGAAAAAGUAUUACAUAAUAAUUAUACUGUCGCUAUCAAGGAACUUGGAUGUCUAUAUUAUGGCUAUAGUGAGGUCCACGUUAUGAUGGUAGUUAACAAAGAUAGGAGAACAGCGUUGUCGAUUUUCUACCUUGGCACUGCCUUCUAUAGAGGAUAUUUGAUCGUGCAUCCGUAUGAAGUAUAUGCAAAAGAAUUGACUGUGUAUGGUGCAGCGUUGAAUAGAUUCACUUCUCAACAAGCUGUGGAUCUGAUUGGUGUUAUGGAUAGCUGGUACCUAGACUACAAUAAUUUGGGUAUAAGGAGCUAUCCGUUGAAAAAUUAUGAGGAAGCAAUCGCAACUCUUAAAAAAGGUGAAAUAUCAAAAGUAGUGUUUGUUUUAGAGGAGAAAUAAGUUCAAUGAUAUUUAAAUUGCAAUUUGAGAAUGAGAAAAGAGAAAUGUGUUACAACUAUGGAAUAAUUGAUCUGGAAACAAUAAAUACAAUAAGUUACUAUUGAACUUUAAUGAGUCAAUUUUAUUAUCAUCAGUGAUUUUUCAUCUCUGUCAAUAUGACUACUAUUUUUUGUUAUUCCCAAUAAUAUAUCACGAAUAACUACGUUGUAAUACGAAUUACUGCGGUUGUUUAAAUACAAAUAAUUAUAAUCUGUAAUAACUUUUCCAUUGUUUUCUGUGUUUUUUUCAUACUAUCUCGAUUCUUUCUCGAUUCUUUCUGUGUUUUUUUCAUACUAUCUCGAUUCUUUCACCAAUAAAAUAAAUUUGACAGGAUUCUCCUUCAAAAUGUAAUGUUUAUAUGGUAUGUGUCAUUAUUAUUUGCAAUUAUCUGUGUCGAUUUUUCCGCGUGGUUGAAUUAUUAUUUUGUAUUCAUAGUGGCUAAUAAACUGUUAGCCACUAUGAACACAAUUCGUAAUAGGUAAUGUUCUAGAGGCACUGUCUAAUUAGAUUUCUGUAAAAUACUCCUCAAUUACAAAAUCUUCAUUGGCUUCCACGCCAAAAAUAAGUUGAUUAAUAUGCGUUCAUAAGCAAUCAAUAACGGUCAGAAGUUAUCGUUACGAAUUCUCUCAAUUAUUAUAAUUAUUUCUCAAGUACUAUAAUCAGUAUAUGCCGUUGAUUCAUUUUUAUCGUCAAUUUGAACUCUCGUCGAUAGCAGUACUUCUCUUCCUCAGAAAAAUCAAGUUCAUUUCAAUCUGAAAACGAUUUGUAUGAACACUGACAAUUCAUUCAGCUAGCUAUCAAUUUUUCUUUCUAAAAAAUUAAUUUGCUAUCUUACAAUGCAAGCCCUACAAUUUGAUCCCACGGAGAAAAAGUUGAGUUUAAUUAAUUCAAAACCAAUUCCUGUUAUAAGUGAACCUGAUGAUGUUGUAGUGAAAAUCGCAUAUUCUGGUGUUUGUGGAACUGACUUGCAUAUCUUUGAGGGUGAAUUUCCUUCAAGCAAAGAGCCGUUCAUCCUUGGUCACGAAUCGUGUGGAACGGUGUCAGCCAUUGGCGAAGGAGUGAACAAUCUGAAGGUGGGAGAUAAAGUAGCUAUCGAUCCUCAAAGUGUUUGCAGUUCUUGUGAGUUUUGCCGGAAAGGAAAACGACAAGUAUGUCCCAACAAUUUGCUCACUGGAAUUUUCUCCGAUGGAGGAUGGGCUGAGUAUUGCAAGGUGCCAGAAAAACAAGUUUACGUUCUCCCUCCUGGAUUAGCCUUGGAGAAGGCAAUGCUUUGCGAGCCACUGUCCUGCAUUUGUCAUGGACUGAAUCGAAUCUCGCCGAUACCCAUUGGCAGUAGAAUACUUGUCAACGGAGCCGGCAUAAUUGGAAAUUUGUUCUGUUCUGCACUGCACUACACUGGGCACAGGAGUGUUUAUGUUUCUGAACCCAAUGCUGCUCGUCAGGAGUUGAAUAAGAAAACUGGAACUGGUUUUGUCGUUGGCAGUCCGGAUUAUAUUGAGAAACAAUGCUCUGAACUAGGAAUCGAUUUGUGCAUUGACUGCAGUGGCAAUGGAAAAGCUGUAGAAUUUGGGAUGAAAUUGCUGAGGAGAGGAGGUAAACUUCUUGUCUUUGGGGUGGCUUCUCCUCAAACUAAAAUAAGGUAUUUGGAUUACAAUAAUUUGGGCAUAAGGAGAUAUCCGUUGGAGAACUAUAAAGAAGCCAUUGAAACUCUGAAGCAGGGUGAAAUAUCAAAAGUAGUGUUUGUUUUAGAUGACAAAUAGUCUCGAAAUUAUUUGAAUUCUAAUUAUGAAUUUAUUUAUUGAUAAGAAUCUAAAAUAAUUUAUAUUUAAUAAGUCACUUUGAAACUCCUAUGCGUUAAAACUCACUGACAAUUCAAAAACAACUUGUGCUAUCAAUCACUGUUUAUUAAUAUCAGAGUUAAAAUUAAUUUUGUUAUG